GCGGAUUGCCCACCUCUCGUCCCCUCCCUUCCCUUCUGCCCCCCGACCACCAAAUCUCCUUUUCUCUCUGUCCCUCUUUACCCUUCUUCGGCGGCGUCGGCGGCGUCGUCGAUGGAGAGCGUGGCGAGGGACGAGGAGGGUGGCGCGCGGGAUGGAGACGGCGGCGGGGGAUCGGGCGCCGCUGCCGGAGGAGGGCCGAGGCGGCAGACGGAUCCGAGCUCCGAGCGGCAGGUGAUCAGGUGGGAGAGGUUCCUUCCGAGGAGAUUUCUCCGGAUCCUCCUCGUCGAGCACGACGACUCCACUCGCCACAUCGUCGCCGCGCUCCUCCGGAAAUGCAGCUACCACGUGGCGGCAGUGGCGGAUGGGCUCAAGGCAUGGGAGGUUUUGAAGGAGAAGCACUACAGCGUUGAUCUCGUGUUGACUGAAGUCGCCAUGCCUUCGCUUUCGGGAAUCGCGCUUCUUUCCAAGAUUAUGAGCACAGAGGAGUGCAAGAACAUUCCGGUCAUCAUGAUGUCUUCUCACGAUUCCAUUGGUGUAGUACUCAAAUGCAUGCUAAAGGGUGCUGUGGACUUUCUCGUGAAACCAGUAAGGAAGAAUGAGUUGCGCAACUUAUGGCAGCACGUUUGGAGGAGGCAUUGUUCAAAUAGCUACACAAAUGCAUCCGACAAUAAUGCUGCAAGCAAUCAUGUAAGCGCAAUUGCUGGAGAUGGGUCCAAGACUGGGGAGAGCAGCAAACAAGAUAGUGAUGCUCAGAGCUCAGAUAGGAAGCCGGAGAUGGAAAUUGCGAGUGAUCAGAAACACAGAGGGGAUCAUUUAGCUGAAGGUGGGAGUACUUCCAGGGAGGUGGAAGCAAAACCAGAGCAACUUGAUAAUGGCACCCCAAUAAUGGCAAACACAUUAAAAUUGGAUGAUGAUGUGGAAGGUGAAGUUAUAUCUGCAGGGACAGAUUUAGUUGAAAAAUACCAAGAGGAGAAUGGUUCUUAUCAUAAAGCCCCGUAUAGGGAGGAAGACAACGGUUUUACAGGAUCUAAAGAGGGUGACCUUGCUGAUCCUAAUUCGCAUUGUCAAAAUAAUGCUCCAGAUGGAACAUUGAAUGAUAUGACAUAUUUUGAGCCAGUAGCUAACAGAAAAUGCAAUUCUGCUGUUUCGGAAAAGUAUGCAUUCAGGAAGGAUGCAUUACCUGAAACUUCAACAUCCUCUCAUGCGAAGAGUGCAUCUGAAUUUGGUUCCUCACCACAUUUGGAACUUGCUUUGAAAAGACAACGUCUCAAUGGCUGUGUAGAUCAGGAUUUCAAACAAAAGCAUAUAUUAAAUCAUUCAAAUGCCUCUGCCUUCUCAAGGUAUGGUGACAAAAGGGCUCAUCAUUCAUGUAAAAAGCCUGUUUCUUCAGCUGUGUGUGUUAGAACCAUAGAAUGUGUUGAUAAAUCUCAGUUGCAUGUCAGUAGUCAUGGCUCUGACAAUGACAAGAACAUUUCCCUCUCACCUAAAGGGAUGGUGUUCUAUCAAGGGAAUGCAGGCGAAACUACAAAAUACUUUCAGGUCUCUUCUGAAAGCAACGGAGAGCAUGCUGGCCUUAUGUCUUUCCCAGCUAGAGAGGAUGACUGUGCUGGUCAUUCCUCCAAAGGAGAGGAUAUGGUUUUUAAUCAUCCUCAGUUUGGGUUUAUUCCUCUGCCAAUUCCUGUUGGAGCAAUACCAUAUCAGCGCUUGUGUUCAGGGUAUGGUGCUAUCUUGCAACCAGUUUUCCAUCCUGAGGCUUCCUUAGAGCCUCAUAGUUCAGCAUCAGCUGAGAAGGCAACAGUUCAAAUUACUUCUGAUCAAUCUGGUCAUCAUGACAAUCAUCUUAUCAGUCACCGCCAAUGCAUAGAAUUUCACCACCAUGAAGAAAAUCAUCAGUCCCACUACUGGAGACAACAUAUCGAUAUGGAACCAGGAGAUUCAAGUGAUUUGUCAUGCACUCCUGAGGAACUAGCCAAUCAAAGUGCCAGCUGUAGCGAGGACAUUCUCAAAGGCGGUGGAAGCAACUAUAGUGGUGAACCAGCAGAUGCAGCUGCAAAUACUGGAACCACUCUAGGAAGUGGUACUGAAAGUGGUGCCCAGAACUGCAGCAGGAAAGGGUUGGACAGUGACCGUUCUAGCCGUGAGGCUGCCUUGAUCAAAUUCCGCAUGAAACGGAAGGACAGAUGCUUUGAGAAGAAGGUUAGAUAUCAUGGUAGGAAAAAGCUUGCAGAGCAACGGCCAAGAGUAAAAGGUCAGUUUGUGAGUCAAAAAGUUCCCGACUCUGUGACAAAGCCAGAAGCAGAAGACCGGCUCCGAGUGGUUAAAAAAUUAAGUUUCUUGUGACGCUUGGUUUCCUGCACAAGAGACAGUGAAGGAGCUUUGUGUGAACAUGUAUUCGAAGAGAACUUUACAAUAAAAAUUUGAGAUCCAAUGAUGGUCGUACAGCUUCAGUUCUAUGAGAUUGUCCUUCGUUUCUAGGCCCUUGCAAUUCAGGUAUUAUUUUAAAGUCACUUCAGAAUCUACAUGCUGGUUAUGAUUCAAUUUAGCAAGUCCACAUAUCAGUAAGCUUCCUUUCCUUGGUGUGUCAUUGAAAUCUUUCUGGCAGAGACAGUAUGUUGUUUUGUAUGUGUACAUUUGGUGAACAUUUUGAACAUUUAUCAUGUGCUUUUCUUCCCUAAACGAAAAACAUUCGUUUUUCAUAAUAAUAAACCAGCGACAAAUUGAUCAGCAGGAAAUGUAUAUGCUCCUUUCGGAGUAUGAAGUGUAUGUCAGUUUUAUAAUGCAGCGUGCAAAGUCAUCACCUCGUCCAGCAGAGCUGUCGUGCUCUGUUAGCAUCAUGAGUGAUGUGUGGCAUGCAAAAAAUUUACGUA